AUGGGGCAGGAGGAGGCUCGGGGGGGUCUGCUGCUGAGGUGCGGAGCCGUGCUGGGACUCACUUUGCUGUGCGCGGCGGUGGUGAGGCGGUGGAUCGCAGGUGGAGUGUGUCGUUGUCCAGCUCGUUUGGACGGGAAGACCGUCCUGAUCACCGGAGCCAACACCGGCAUCGGCAAAGAGACGAGCAGAGAUCUGGCACGCAGAGGGGCCCGGGUGGUGAUGGCGUGCAGGGACCUGACGCGGGCAGAGCAAGCGGCAGAGGAGAUCCGGCGGACGACAGGAAACGGUAACGUGGUGAUCAGACACCUCGACCUCGCCUCUGUUUAUUCCGUCAGACAGUUUGCUAAAGAUUUCCUGGACAGUGAAGAGCGACUGGACGUCCUGAUAAACAACGCAGGCGUGAUGAUGUGUCCAAAAUGGCUGACAGAAGAUGGCUUUGAGACCCAGCUGGCUGUCAAUCAUCUGGGUCACUUCCUAAUGACCAAUCUGCUUCUUCCGAAACUGAAGAACUCCGCCCCCAGUCGAGUGGUCAAUGUGUCAUCCAUCGCCCACCGGGGAGGUCGUAUUGACCUUGACGACCUGUUCUUCAGCAGGAGGCCAUACAGCUCGUUGGAGAGCUACCAGCAGAGCAAACUGGCCAAUGUGCUGUUCUCCAGAGAACUGGCCCGACGACUCACAGGUUCUGGAGUUUCGUCGUUCUGUCUCCACCCGGGUGUUAUCCGGACUGAGCUGGGUCGUCAUGUUCAGGGCUGGUUUCCCCUGCUGGGGGCGCUGCUGAGCCUCCCCUCCCUGCUGCUCAUGAAGACACCACUUCAGGGCGCUCAGACCAGUGUUUACUGCUCCAUCACACCGGGACUGGAGGAACGAUCCGGAUGCUACUUCAGUGACUGUGCAGAGAAGGACGUCGCUGCGGGGGGGCGGGACGAUGCUGUGGCGAGGAUGCUGUGGGAGGAGAGCGCCCGAUUGGUUGGAUUAAAGGACACGUGCUGACGGGGAAGAAAAGGAUCAGACAACAGCGCCCCCUGUUAGGAGGAGCGCAUCAGCAUCACUGUGAUUGACAGCUGACUAGAGCCAAUCAUAGGCAUAAGUCUAGAGUGAUAACAAUAUCAAUGAAUACAACUUUACCUCAUUACAUCAUAAUAAUAUAAUAAAUAUUCAUUAGUAUUCAGCAAAUAUGGAAUAAAAAUAUUGUUUUUCUGCAGAGUGAGUGGAGUGUUUUACUUUGACCUCUGACCUUUGACCUGUGACUGUUUGUUUGGGUUCAAACUUUU